CCGUCAUCAGUUUCAGGCGAUGUUGACUCUCGCGCUAUCUUCUAAACCCCAUUCAUUAUCUUCUUCUCAAUUUCCGCACACCCCACUUUCCUCAACCACGUGUCAUAGUUGUAAAGACACUACCUUUACUCCGAAACUCAGCGAAAACGGCAAAUUCCAGGAAAGGGGUUUGGAGUUCAACACCGGCGAGGCCUUUUUCCGGCAAGAGAGCGCCACCGGCCGCGACCUUGGUGUUCUCGCAGCUUCGCUGCACAAGAAGUUCAACGGAAGCUUGCGCGUUCUGGACGCAUUGUGUGGGUGUGGUGUUCGGUCGCUUCGGUACCUUGCGGAAGCGGAUGCGGAUUUUGUUGUGGCGAAUGAUGGAAAUGAGAACUAUGGAAGCACCAUUGUGGAGAAUCUGUCGAGGGUUUCGAAGGAGGAAGAGAAAAGAUGGGUGGUUACUCAUUUAGAAGCUAAUCGUGUGAUGACUGAGUAUUACCUGCAAAAGAGUUUCUUUGAUUUCAUUGAUGUUGAUUCGUUUGGGAGUGACUCUUCUUUCUUGAGGUCUGCUAUUAAUGCUUUGAGAAUUGGUGGCUUGCUCUAUGUUACUUCAACUGAUGGUUACUCAUCUGGUGGCCAUCGUCCUCAUCAUUCUUUAGCUGCAUAUGGAGCCUACGUGCGCCCUAUGCCAUAUUCGAAUGAGAUUGGUUUGCGAAUGCUUAUAGGUGGGGCUGCCAGGGAGGCUGCAGUGUUGGGGUAUCAUAUUACUCCUUUAUUUUCGUACUACGCUUUUCAUGGACCUGUUUUCCGAGUCUUGCUCAGAUUAAAUCGUGGGAAGAUUCAUGACAGUAGGCAUUAUGGUUUUAUUGGCUAUUGCCACCGGUGUGGAAAUUCCCAUGAAUUUUCUUGGAAUCAACUUGGUCAUAUCAGUUGCUCCUGCAGUAUGUCCGAGGUUUCAAACUCCCUUGUGGUGUCAGGACCUCUCUGGACAGGGCCUCUUCACGAUGCUGCCUAUCUUAUGGAUAUGUUAAAUCUGGCCAAGCAGUGGGAAUGGAUUGGAUGUGACGGUAAAGACAGUCUUGAAAAGCUUAUAAAACUGAUGGUGGAUGAAAGUGACCCAAAGUUGCCAUUUGGUUAUAUCAAGUUGGAUGAGGUGCUUCUUGUUCAAGUGAUAUAUUUCCUUGCAAAAAUUAGUACUCCACCUCUGAAGACCUUGAUGAGCGCCAUACACCAGAAGGGUUAUGCUGCUAGCAGGUCUCACAUUCGCACAAAUGCAAUUAAGACAAAUUGCCCCAUGACAGAAUGCAUCAAGAUUGCCAAAGAACUACAGCAGGUUUCUAUCUCUUAAUGAUUUGAAUGCUCAAGGUUCCUCAGGCUGUAAAACCAACAUAGAAGCCGCAAGUCAUAAGGAAAAUGAUUAAUGAAGCCGGAUCGAAUUUCAUUGCUUGGGAGAUCAAUUUCAUUACUAUAUGAUUUAGUUCAGCUAGUGAAAAUGAUUGUAAAAAAAACAAUUGUACAUUUCUGUCCACAGUUUUGGGAUUUAGAUUGAACCUUUUUUUUUCCGGCUGACUAACCCAUUUAAAUCCAACAAAACUAUACACACAGGUUUUACACACAUAUAUGUAAGUCGAAAA